CAGGAUGAAAAGCAAGAAAGGUGUUGUUGGAGCAUCGGGCAGUGAGACCGAGGAUGAUGAAUGCAUGGACAUCCCCCUGGACCUGUCCUCCUCAGCUAGCUCGGGCAAGAGACGGAGAAGGGGCAACCUGCCCAAGGAGUCUGUUCAGAUUCUCCGGGAUUGGCUGUAUGAACACCGAUACAAUGCUUAUCCCUCAGAACAAGAAAAAGCAUUACUGUCCCAGCAGACGCACCUCUCUACACUACAGGUCUGUAACUGGUUCAUCAACGCCCGCCGCAGGCUCCUCCCUGACAUGCUGAGAAAGGAUGGCAAAGAUCCAAAUCAGUUCACCAUUUCCCGCCGUGGGGCCAAGAUUUCGGAAGGUAAUUCUGUGGAAUCAGCAGUGGGCAUCAAGAACUUAAUGCCAACUCUUGAGGAUAGCCCAUUUCAUUCCUGUACUGGACCAAACCCCACCGUCGGGAGGCCGCUAUCUCCCAAGUCCUCGUCCCCUGGAUUAGUUUUGGCUCGGCCAUCCGUGAUCUGUCAUACCACAGUGACUGCAUCGAAAGAUGUGCCUUCAUUCCCACUCUGUCAUGCACUAGGCAUGGGACAAAACUCAGAUCUCCAGCAAAUCGCAGCCAGCAACUUCACAGACACCUCCUUCCUGUACCCCGAGGACACGUGCAAAUCGGGACCAAGUACAAACGCACAGAGUGGCCUUUUCAACACUCCACCUCCCACCCCCCCGGACCUCAACCAGGAUUUCAGUGGCUUUCAGCUUUUAGUGGAUGUUGCACUCAAAAGGGCUGCGGAGAUGGAGCUUCAGGCCAAACUUAUGGCUUAA